AGUAUGCUGUCCCCUUUUAUUUGUCCCAUUCUGGCCCCAUCAACGCGUCGCAUCCUGGCCAAAGCACGGCGAGCCGAGCCAGCGUCAAGCUAAAGCUCGAGGCAGCGUGACGCACGCUCUCUGCUUCGCAGCGACGAAGUCGUGAUCUCCACUUCGCGAGGACAGAGAUCCGCCCGUCCAAGAAUCGUGUCCCGUUUCUAGCGACCCAAUACCGGUGUCCAACAGUACUACCGCCGUGGCGUGCUACACCACUUUAGGUCACUUCCUGGGGCCAUACUAAACUCAGUAUCUCGCAGCUUCGUGGCAUCGUCCGCACGUCCCCCGCCAGCUCAGAGCUCCGCCCCCAGCAGAAGCAACAGUAUCAAGUGACGCUUCUUCUCCGUAGCCAUGGCGAGCAAGCGCCUGGACGCCGUCAAGCUGGCCAAGAGCUCGCGCUGGGAGGAGCUUCGGCGCCUCGUGGACGCCGAGCCGGCUACGGCGCAGCAGGUGGACUCGUACGGUAUGUUGCCAUUGCACUGGGCCUGUACGGAGCCGCAAUCCAUCGGCGAAGGCGUGUUAUUAGCACUUCUCAAGGCCUUCCCAAUGGGCGCUCGUGCUCCCAAUACAGCCGAGAUGCUGCCACUACAGAUCGCAAUCAAAGCCCAGGCGCGUAUCGAGUGGCUACAGGCACUACUAGCCUCGUACCCGGACGCUGUUCUCAAGAAAUCGCCUACAGGCGAGAACGCCGUGCAGCUCGCGCGCAAAGCUGGGCUUCCCGGUCGCAGUAUUAAGUUGCUCGAAGAGAUGUACCACCACGUUUGUGCCAAGGAAGGACUGCCUGACCAGCUGGCCAUCGAGGAACAAGAAGCCAAGCAACAACAAGAGAGUCAACAACACGAAGAAGAAGGACAACUCCGACCUUCCGAGAGAUUCCAAGCCAUCGCGGGUGAUCUCCCUGUGCCGCAGCGUGUCAGUGGCGUGCAGUAUGGACAGCGACAGCGCCGACUCAGUAGCACAGCGUCGCUCAAGAUGCGAUCUUUCUCGGACAACGACUUCUACACGCAACAAGUGAACGUAACGCUAGGUACACCAAACAUCGCGUCUGGAGCCAGUCCCUGGUCCCCACGCAGAACAACCGAGAGCUCCAGACCGCAGUCCAUUGUAUCGCAGAGACCGUCAACUACCGGUAGAGGUGCAGUUGCAUUGCCACCGCGCUGGAUGAACGCCCCAAGUUGCAGCAUUUGUGCCCAGAAGUUCGGUACCUUCAAGAAGCGCCACCACUGCCGCAAUUGCGGCCAAUCAAUUUGCAGAGACCACUCGGCUCGUGAACGGAUGAAGCUGCCGCACUACGGACUCAGCGAUCGUCAUCGUGUGUGUGUUGUAUGUCACGAUAUGCUGCGCAAUGCGAACCGACAGGCACGACAGCAGCAGAUCACGAUGCAGGCAGCGCAGCGCGGGGGCCAGCACACGCGUAUUAGUCAGGCUAUGGCUGGAGACGCUCGUCGUUCGGAUGAGGCGCAGCGUUCGCCUCCAAACAUGCUGGAGCGUCACGUCUCGGCUCCUGCGCGGGCUUCAAACUCCGCUGCUGGGCCCUACAGAGCAGCAAAUGACGCCGCAAUUAACGAACAGGUCGCGAAUUUGCAGAAGCAGGUAUCACAGCUCAUGGAGGAGAAACAACAAGCCGAGAUGCAGUUGCGUGUGCAGGCUGAAAUGCUGAAUGACCCGGAUCGACUCACGAAUGGCUCUCGGGGCAGCAAUACCAGUGGAGGUAGCGGUGCUGGCAGCAUGCCAAUGUCCCGGGACCGCCAGAACUCUCUCCCCAUGCAGAUGCGUGCAGGUUCUACUACAAAUACUCCACUCAACACAGGUCCAGUGCCCAAUCCGGGUAUUGCAAUGUAUCGUUCGACGGGCCAAUUGCUGAACCGAACGCAGAGCGCUGGCAACUUCCGACCCGCACGCGAGAUAGACAUCGAUAGUCCCGACUUAGAUCCCCAGCCACAGCAAAUUCAGCCGUCUCGAUCCAAUUCGACUGCAGUAAACCCGGCACUUCAAAGGACCACAAGGCUGCAGGAUGCACUUAACACGAUUGCGGCUGUAGAGUCCACUUACGACGACAUUGAUGGCUCGGAUUCAGACUCGGAUAUUGAAGGACGACAGACAGAUAUUGGAGAUCUUCAUGACGCUGAGGCAGACGCUGAAGCGGAGAUUGAUGACGUUGCGAAGGAAUACCUUAUUGACGAUGAAGACGAGGAUGAUGAUGACGAGGAAGCCGUGGUGGAGGCAGCAAAAGCCGCUAAUGCUGUGCAGGACGAGAUCGAGACAGAAGCGGAGAGUGAGGACGAUGUGGGCAGCGAUACGUUGCCAGAAGUGGACGUGCUAGUGAAUCUAGGCCAUGUGAUGAUGGAGAAGGGCAGUGUGAGCGCAGCGGUGCAAGCCUUCACACGCGCUGUAGAGAUCCGACCGGAUGAUCCUGCGCUUCAUUCGUUGCUUGGUCGUGCGUAUUACGCUGACGAGAAUUUGGAAGAUGCGGUGGCUUCUAUCGCGAAGUCGCUCGAGUUGGAGCCGUCGGCCACGAAUUCCACGUUGCUGGGCAAGAUUCUGUUCGAGAAGGGAGACCAUGAGAAGGCUAUUGCAGCCUACCAGCAAUCUCUGGACAUGCAGAAGUAAAAGGUGAAGUAGGUAGGUAGAUGUGAGGCAGGACUUCAGAGCGAUAGAUGAUAAACCGUCGAGCAGUAAGAGUGUUUUUUUUUCUUAAAGAAAGUGGAAGAUCACCAAUUUUUUUGUUC